GUCAGGAGUUUAAAGGGCAGAGUUGUAAAAACUCCCAGGCAGUGGGGAGUCGUAUUGCUUGACGACAGACUCCAAAAAAUAACACAAUUACCCGAAGAACAAACAAGUAAUCCUAUUAAUGCAACCUAACUGGAAUAAUCUUUUCGAUAACUGAAGCAGAAGCCCAACCCUGAGAGAAAAACACGGUCGUUUAAUGAGAUUUUCCAGUGGAUCAACAAGCGUUUCCUCGUCCACCAGCACCGAUCGCUACUGCCUUGGAGGUUUUUACAGCACUCGACUUUAAAGACGGCACAGACACACAGCUAUGCAGCUUGAAAUCCAAGUAGCGCUGAACUUCAUAAUUUCGUACCUGUACAACAAACUCCCACGACGACGAGUCAACAUAUUCGGCGAAGAGUUGGAGAGGCAGUUGAAGAAGAAAUACGAAGGACAUUGGUACCCAGACAAGCCAUAUAAAGGAUCCGGGUUUAGGUGUAUACAUGUGGGCGAGAAAGUAGAUCCGGUCGUUGAGGAAGCAGCCAAAGAAAGCGGGUUGGACAUCGAAGACGUUCGGAAUAACUUGCCUCAGGAUCUCAGCGUUUGGAUCGACCCUUUCGAGGUUUCCUACCAGAUUGGCGAGAAGGGAGCGGUUAAGGUGCUAUACGUGGACGAUAACGGCGAAAACGGCUCCGAGUUGGACAAAGAAAUCAGAAACAGUUUUAACCCGGAGGCUCAGGUCUUCAUGCCAAUCACUGACCCAGUGGGCGUGUCCUCAGAGUCGAGUUCGCCAUCGCCGCCACCGUUCGGCCAAUCGGCAUCCGUUAGCCCGUCUUUCAUGCCACGAUCCAAUCAGCCUUUAACUUUCACCACCGCGUCCUUCGCCGCCACCAAGUUCGGCUCCACUAAGAUGAAGAACGGUGGGCGUAACGGCGGAAAAGUCUCCCGCAACUCUCCCACCAAUCUAGGCCUGAACGUCAACAACCUAAUCAAGCAAAAAGCCAUUUCCAACUCGAUGCAUUCGCUCUAUGGAUUCGGCCAGCAAAAAGCAUCAGCGUUGUCUCCUAACGCUAAGGAGUUCGUGUUCCCAAACCUUCAAGGACAAGGGAUCUUCCCGAGCGAGAACGCCAUUAGCCCUCAGCCGUACAGCAAUGCCUUCGACGUGUUCUCCGCGUACGGGAACAUCAACGACAAGUCUCUCAUGGACGGCUUGAGCCUCAGUCUGGGAAACAUGCAGUAUUCGAACCAGCAAUUCCAGCCGGUCAUGGCUAACUAAUGGAAGGAUUGUUGGCAAAAGGAAAACGUAAGGCAAAGACGCACAACUGUGGAUGUGGAAAUCGAAGAUCCCUAUUAAUAGUCGGUGAUAAGCGCAUGAGCCCAAGGGUGUUUUGUUUUAUUUGAUUUGAUUUCUUCCUAAUCUCUUUUUAUGCCCCCUUGAGUUUGUACUGAAAAGCUUGUUACACACACACACACACACACAUACACACAGCUUGGUCAACACGCGUCAAUGUUU